AUGGCCUCGGACGAAGCCUACAUGUCCUUCCUGGACAAAGCCAACGAAACCACAAGUGACAGCAAAAAUCAGCAAGGGAGCGGGACCAUCAAAACCGAGACCGUGCACAGCUCCCUGUCCGUGCCGAAACCUCUGAAAUCCGUCGACACCUACUACAUUUCCGACACAGAUGAGCCCUUCGAGCCCGUUGCGCUGAAGUGGGAUGGAGCCGCAAAGGGAGCGUGGCCUAGUGCCGGCCAACUUUCCUCCCUGAUAUCCCCAGACACAGACCUAUCCCAGUCCAUCUCCAUUCUAUCCCCCGACUCCUUCGACCCGAAGAACCAGUACUCCGCCGCCCUGGAUGCGGUGCGCGCUGCCGCUGUUGAGAAGGAUUCCGGUGCCGAGCAGUCUGCUGUUGAGUUGAAGGUCUACCGCGUCGAGCAGACUAGUACGAAGAUUGAGUAUUGGGUUCUGGCGCUGCAUGCGCCUGAGAGUCGACUUGUGGGUUUGCGCGCUAAGGCUGUGGAGUCUUAA